AUGGCUGAGUUGUACCCAUCUCUUACCCAAUGCGCCAUCGUCGCAACGGCGUUCAAAAUCCUCCUCUUCCCCGCCUACAAGUCGACCGACUUCGAGGUUCAUCGCAAUUGGCUAGCUAUCACCCAUUCGUUACCAGUACAGGAAUGGUACUACGAGAAAACCUCGGAGUGGACGCUUGACUAUCCUCCUUUCUUCGCGGUCUUUGAAUGGGCACUUUCGCAGCUGGCGCAAUAUGUGGACCCGGCGAUGCUAGAUGUCCAGAACCUCAACUACGAUUCCUGGCAGACUGUAUAUUUUCAGCGAGCGACAGUCAUUCUGAGCGAGCUUGUCCUGUUCUAUGCUCUGAACCGAUUUAUCAGAUCCGAUCCGCAACCUACUAAACACCUUGCCCAUGCCGCCAGCUUGUCGAUACUGCUAUCACCCGGAUUGUUCAUCAUCGAUCAUAUUCAUUUUCAAUACAAUGGCUUCCUGUACGGCAUUCUGGUACUGUCUAUCGUCUGGGCUCGGAAGCAGUCGAAAUUGCUGUAUAGCGGAAUCGCCUUCGCCGUUCUACUCUGCCUAAAGCACAUCUAUCUCUACCUUGCCCCUGCAUACUUUAUCUACCUGCUGCGAGCAUACUGCCUGGACCCGAAAUCUGUUUUUCGGCCUCGAUUUGGAAAUGCUUUCAAGCUAGGCCUCAGUAUAAUUACGGUGUUCGGGCUUGCGUUCGGACCAUUUGUUUACUGGGGCCAACUGCUCCAGCUGAAAGAUCGGCUGUUCCCAUUCUCCAGAGGCUUAUGCCAUGCUUACUGGGCCCCAAAUGUCUGGGCUAUGUAUUCAUUCACGGACCGCAUCCUGAUUCCAUUUGCACCGAAACUUGGACUGCCGGUCAACCAAGAUGCUCUAACAAGCGUCACUCGCGGCCUCGUCGGUGACACUUCUUUCGCGAUUUUGCCAGAGAUUUCAAAAGAGUACACAUUUGUUCUGACGCUCCUAUCUUUAAUACUCCCCCUCAUUAAACUCUGGCUUCGUCCAGACUACUAUACCUUCGUCGGAGCCCUCACCCUCUGUGGUUACGCGUCCUUCCUCUUCGGCUGGCACGUCCACGAAAAAGCUAUCCUCCUCAUCAUCAUCCCCUUUAGUCUAAUCGCCCUCAAAGACCGUCGCUAUUUCUCGGCAUUCCGUCCCAUCGCCGUCGCAGGCCACGUCUCGCUUUUCCCGCUCCUUUUCACCGCCGCAGAGUUCCCACUUAAGACCGUCUACACGUUACUCUGGCUGAUCCUAUUCCUAUUCGUUUUCGAUCGCAUUGCGCCGGUUCCCGAGCGGCCGAGGAUUUUCCUUGUCGACAGGUUUAGUCUCCUGUAUAUUACUGUAUCGAUCCCGUUGAUACUUUAUACGUCGCUGGUGCAUCAGCUUAUUUUUGGGCUGGAAAGUUCAAUUACGCCCUCGCAACCCCUGGAACAAAGGAUACCAUCUCCGGUGACGAGUGCAUCUCACUCUAGCCUGAGAUUCUGGUAUAGGAUGUCCGCAAAGGCUUCAAUGACGCCCUGA